CCGCCAUUAAUAAACAGAAGAAGAAGAAGACGAAGACGACGACGAUAUAGCGGAAGGGCAUUUUGGGUAUUAUGCUAUCGAAAACUAGCAUUUGCUGCUAUCAUUCAUCGUCACAUAAGGAGGCUUAAGUGUAAUUCACAGUGUGUCAGUGUUAGUUUUUUGUGUUUACUAAAGCAAGCGAUAUAAAUGCGUCAUGUUAGCCGCUUGGCUAGCUAGUAUCAGUUACUAAGCUUUCGUUAGCGCCCCUCCACUGUAGUUUGGAGCAGCUGCUUUAUUGACGCCUGGCUGCAGAGAAGUUUUGCAGAAGCUGUCAGCCAGUGUUAGAAGGACUGAGUUGAUUAUGGCCGACCCUGCACGGAUCAAAGCUGAAGAUACACCCGAGAGGAUAAAGUCUGUUACCGAGGGCAAUCUUAAACCAGAACAAACUGAAGAUGUGUCUGCCCCAGAAAAACCUAAGGAUGAAAAUAUACAAUUGUCCUCGCAAGAUCUGCCCAAACAGGAAGUUAAACCUGAAACUGCAGCCCGAGAAGAUGAGGAAGAAGGGACCUCUGGCCAACCUCCUUCCAAAAGACUGAAGGUCGAACCCGAGAAGAAGAAGGAGAAACGCCAUAAGGUUGACGAGGAUGAAAUACAAAAGAUGCAGGUUUUGGUAUCAUCCUUUUCUGAAGAGCAGCUGAAUCGCUAUGAGAUGUACAGACGUUCUGCCUUCCCCAAGGCUGCUAUUAAGAGGCUGAUCCAGUCCAUAACAGGAUCAUCAGUGUCUCAGAAUGUAGUGAUCGCCAUGUCUGGUAUUGCCAAAGUUUUUGCUGGGGAAAUUGUUGAGGAAGCACUGGAUGUUUGUGAGAAGUGGGGAGAUACGCCACCUCUUCAACCCAAACAUAUGAGGGAAGCAGUGAGGAGACUAAAGAGCCGAGAUCAAAUUCCCAACACCAAGUACAAGCACACUGUCUUUCACUGAUGCACCUGUGUUUGAGAUUGUAUGGGGACGAUGGAGAGAAGACUGUCUGUGAUGGAGAGAUGUCGUGCUGUCAUGUGAUUAACUUCGGUCAAGGCAACCAUACUGCAGCCAAACAUGAAUAACCAAGCUCAGCACUGACUGUAGUAUUGCAGCUGUGAUAUAAAAUCCCAUCUGCUGCAUGGAAUGGAAAAUAGACCUGCCAUUUAAAGUAAAUGCUUAGUGGAACACACUGAACAAAUGGUGUAAAAUUACAUUCAUGUGUUAGGGUUGUAAAUAGCUUUAUACUUGAAUAAACUGAAGUGUUCUAGUG